AUGGUCGCCUGAGCUGUUGUCAUGGUGAGGCAAAGAUGGCGAGAGGAAAACCACCUCCAGUUCUCUCUCUGGCCCCACUGGAAAUUCUCCUACUCCUCAACAGCUGGUACUUUGCAGCAUACUUUGUGGCAGAGAUCCUUUUUUUCAUAUAUAAAAGUCUGGUGUUGCCCUAUGCCUCUGCAAACCUGGCUUUGGAUCUAGUCAUGCUGUUUUUGUACCUUGGGGUUGAAAUAAUAAGGAUAUUCUUUGGUUCCAAGGGGAAUCUGUCUCAACGCAAGGUGCCUCUCACUAUUAGCCUGGUGCUUCUUGGGCCAUCUACAAUAAUGGCAAUUUACUAUCUGAUAAUACAGACCUAUGUUCUAAGGCUGGAACUGACCAUCAAUGCAAUAUUGUUGGUUUUUUAUGUCUUUGAAUUGGUUCUGUACAUCGUGGGCUUGAUGAGUUUCUCAAGUAUAAUCGCAGCUGACUGAGUAUUUGAAGAAAGCGAACAUCCCUUGAGGUGAUCAACACUCUGUGCCAGCCAGUGCAUAUUUGUAAUGCAUUUAUAGUAUUUUUGUAAGCAGCUAUCUUAAAAAUAAUGUUUCCAAUAUGUUAUACAGUUAUAUUUUUAUUAAUGUAUUGUAUUUUUGCUAAUAAUUCUGUAAAUAAUUUUGGAUCUUUUUUGGUUCUCGUCUCUCUUUCCCCUGUAGUUAUCAAAGGUAUCUUGAGCUAGUUUUAUUGGCUUCAGGAAACAUCCUCCUCUCUCUGCUGUUUCCUCCUAAUUUGGUGGGAAAGAUGCUGGAUUAUCAAAGAUAAUAGCGGUGCAUUUGGAUAGCAGUAACAGGAUUGGUGCAAGUCAGCAUGGAUUUACAUAGGGGAAAUCAUGCU